AUGCCGUCGUCUUCUCCUCGUCGCGAUGUAAGCCCAUCCACCUUACCGGACCGAGUCAUCACGAGACCUGGCCGGCAGAGACCUUCUCACUGCGUGGAAGCCUCGUCGCGAGGACCUCGCCAUCAACGAACGCGACCUAGCCAGAAAAACCGCAAUCUCAUCGCUAACUUCAUCGAUCGUGACUAG